CAGAAUAUGAACUGUAUUGAUCUCACUGUUGCAGCCAGAUGUCUGGCAGGAGUGGGUGUCACACCUGGAUACUCGCUGGACUCUGUGGGUAGGGAGCAGUUCCACUCCCUCAGUCCCAGGUCAGAGAUGAGCAGCAAGCCUCCUGCGUGGCUCACCAAGUACUCAUACCACAGAUUACAAGAGGGAUUGAACUGCUGUUCGGAGAACACUAUCACUUUCCACUAUAUCGGCCCGAGUGAGAUGAAGCUACUAGAAGUCGCACUUUACAGGAUGAAAGUGGCGAAACCAAUCGAGUCCCAGUAGUAGAUAUCGAACACAUUUUAACGUCUGUUGUCAAAGAUGUUUGGCUCAACAAACUAAAUAACCCUGAGACUGAACCGGGCUUAAG